AUGGCAGACACCACCCAAAACCAAGGCGUAACACAAACACGUAACAGUGUACAAACUUCUUCUAGACGUGCAAGGCAACCUCGAAGAAGGUCUAUCAUUGAAAGCGUGAUCGAAAAUAGUGGAAACUUUAUUACGGAGUAUCGUGAAAGACGGGGUGUUGUACUUUUGUAUCAAGAUGUUAUUAACGCUCUUAGACGUCUUGAUGUCCCGAAGCGUACACCAUUCUGGCGGGCUGCAGUACGAUGUCUUGCUCAAGCCAACUAUGCAUCGGCUUUUGUUGCUCUAGAAGAAGAGGAAAAUAUUGAUUGGCUUGAAGCUAUUACUGGAUUCAGCAAAGACGGAGAACGUUUCGAUGAGCAAGAAUUGGGUUUUGGAUGCAAUGGUUUCAUGAUAAAUUCAAGUUUCUAA